GUUCGGCGGGGACGUGGAAGUCAAUGGAUUAUACAGUUUCCCUGCAAGUGCAACACCAGCUGACGGUCUUCCCAACCCAUUUAUUGCAGGGUUACAGUUUGGAGUUGCAGAUGAAGUCAACGGAUGAGGACCAGGGGCUCUUCACCGACAGCUACUGCAAAGUUUGCAGCGCCCAGCUCAUCUCGGAGUCUCAGAGGGUAGCCCAUUACGAGAGUCGGAAACAUGCAAACAAAGUACGGCUCUAUUACAUGUUGCAUCCGGUGGAUGGAGGGUGCCCUGCCAAGAGACUUCGAACAGACAACGGCAGCGAGGAGGGUGAUGUGGACAAGAACAAGUGUUGCACGCUGUGCAACAUGUCCUUCACCUCUGCAGUGGUGGCACAGUCUCAUUACCAGGGAAAGAUCCACGCCAAGAGGCUAAAGCUGCUGCUGGGGGAGCAGUCUGCCAUUACGACCAAAGAGGUGCUGCCCAGUCCUGUGAAGACGCCGCCGGAGGCAUCACCUGCGACCUCACCAAGGCAACGGAGGGACUCGGACCGUUACUGCCAGCUGUGCAAUGCUUGGUUCAACAAUCCGGGUAUGGCACAACAGCACUACGAUGGCAAGAAGCACAAGAAGAAUGCUGCUCGUGCUGAUCUGCUGGAACAGCUGGGCAAGACACUGGACAUGGGUGAGAUGAAAGGUCUUCGGCGUAGCUACACCUGUGACACCUGCAACGUCACACUCAACUCGGUGGCACAGUACCACGCACACCUGCAGGGCUCCAAGCACCAAAACAACCUAAAGAAUCAGUUGUGCAUCCAGUGAAUCCUAACAAGGAACACACCAUUGGAUUGAUGUCAGAAAAGCUGUGGUUAGCUUGCUGUGCUUUCACUGCUUCUCUCUCUCUUUCUCUAAUCAUUUCUCAAUGUCUCUGUCAUAUGCAGCAUUUUUUUGGGGGGUCCUUCAUUUUAUGACGUUUCACCUGUUGACGUUCCAGAGUAGCCACUAAUGCCAAGGCUGCCAGUCCUUUAGCCUCCAGUCCUCAGUAUGUUCUCGACUCUCUCGGACACUAAGUUCUGCUCCAGGAGAAGAGCAGUGCAGCUUUCUCCAGGUGCUGAAAUCCCAGUAGCAGAAUUGACUUUAUUUUAUUUCAUUUUAUUUUUUAACAUACUAUUUCUGUUUCACUACUGAACCAGACUUGAGCAUGAAAGCAGAAUAAUUUUGUAUAUUUUACGGAUAAACAAUUUCAGUUUAUCCAUUAUUGCGGUAUAGGUCCUAGUCUUCUAGCUCUUGAUAGACACUAACAGUAUCUGAGGAAAUGCUGAGAAAGGCAAUAAUUGUUCAGCGUACAUAUAUUGUUGAGAAAAGGGCUGCUAAAAAUGGGUUAAAAAUGGGUUUCAUUGACUCUUCAAAUGAGUUGUUUCAUCAGGUUUCAAAAAGUAAACUUGGUUUACUUAUUGAACAAAACUACGAUGUCAA